UGCAGUAUCAUCGGGGGAAUGAAUGCACAAAGAUUCAACGACUUCCUUGCACAAACACGAUUAAAUCUUGACCCGGACGAAAACGUCAUUUUUAUUUACGACGUUGCACCGCCAGCGCACCAUAACCCAGUAAAUCCAGGCCCAAACACGGAACUAAAAACGUCACCGCCAUACAGCCCAUUUCUGAACAUCGUUGAGCAGGCGAUUAGCGCUUUAAAAGCAGCUAUUAAAGCCGACAUCAGCCGUCCAGAGACCCAGCGACGAAUGAAUGACAGGUUGGAGGCACGAAACCUGGGGAUUGCACUCGGACAUUAACGGACCCAGUUAUUGCUGGAGGCAUUACCAGUAUCGUACCCAGAGACCGCGCGAUGCAUGACGGUCAGGAUGCGGUUUCGGGGUCGGAAUUCGCUUGACGUCUGGCAGAACUCAGGAAAUAUCUUGCAAGUUUUUCAAAUAUCUUGCAAGCAGCGUUUUUACGACCGUUUUUUUUUCCUUUUUUUGUGCACAAGUCCAAGGGCCUACCUACACACACUCGUUGUAAACCAUUUAGUUUUAUUUUCGGUGGUUCCCUGUUCAAUUAGACGAUAUUUUCGUUACGUAAAACCGGCGGACGACACUGGUGAGCUCGAUACAUCAUUUCAUGAAAUGAAUUUGGAUAAUCUGAAUGUUCUGGCACUCAUUUGAACUCAUAAUGCUCUGGUUGGAUUGUAUUUAUCACAAAUAUACACUUUCAGAGAUAUAAUUCGAGCACAUACUGUCUUUAUGUUCCCUAGAAGAAGAUGUAGAAGAAGCUCAAUAGCGAGGAAGUCACUAUUCGCACAUGAUCUUACGCCGAAUUCCAAACUCCAGGAAAGUAUUUAGGCUAUUUCUGCAGUUGUCAUGUGCACAUGGAAUUUUACAGGCUAGAAAUGCAGUACAGAUAAGUCCUUCUUCGUCUGUGAAAAUUCGUAACAUUUUUGCUCGCCGAUUUCGUCCGCCAUCUUGGAUCUGUAAUCUGCCAGUCGUUAUUUUUUUUCCGUCUUCGCUUCAGGAUUCCUGUGGAUAUCCGCGCAACAGCAAAUAACGACUAGGUACGAGUCUGAGGCAUUACAACGUAACAUAGGAACAAUCACGGGAGCGAAAUGUGGGCAAUGGUUUCGUUUUAUGCAAACAUAUGUACCUCGCUGUAUCAAUAGAGAUCAAAUUGAGGGAUUAAUGUCAAUGCAAAAAUCGAAAAUAACACUAGAACUAAUGAUAUUUUCUUUUCUUUUAAUGUUUGUUUGAAUCAAACAAAUGAUUGUCAAACCACAUUGAUGAAUGUCACAUUGAUGAACAUGAUUGUCUGAAAAGGCUUAUUGAUUGUCUUUGUUUAUGUUAAUAGCACUAAUGAAUUUUCUAUCUUUUAUAACUGAUUCUCAAUAAACGCUACUGAUUGUCCAAACGUGUAAUUGAGUUUUCGAUUGCAUGCAAAAGAAUGUUCAUUCCAUCCCGAAUGAAUGCCCAAUUGCGUUAUUGAAUGUCCGUUGAUGCUAUUGAAUGUUCGCGCAUAUUCAAUCAUUGUUAUUGAAAGUCGAGUCACGCUAAGGAUGUUUCGUGCGAUGUUGAUGAACGUACAAUGCACGUUAUACAACGUUUGGCACAAAUGAAUGUCCCUUUCCCGUUAUUGAACAGCGAAAGGUGUAUUGUGACCUUCAUUGUGACCUAUAUGACGUCGUAAAAAAAUGCAGCCAUCAGGCACGAUGGAAGAUUUCUAUUGUUAUCCACAGGCAUUCCUUUCGAUUCGUUUGCGUCAGUUGGCCUUCCUAGGAUUGGUUGCAAACCAUCAAUGAGUUAUGUGUGGCUCGCUAUGGAAGGGUUAAAAGUCUUUGUGGUAACAAAUCAUACAAAGCUACGAACUUCGUAGCGGCCCUUGUCGCUUCAAUAACACCUCUGAUUCGCAUGCGUGACCAUUUGUGCGUGAAAAUACAAGCAAAGAACUGUAACACACGGUGUGGCAAUCACUUCUAGACUUCUACAAUUCUAUAUUGCAUUCACAAGUCAUCGUCAGCUGAUAUGCGUCGUCUUCACGGCUUUGCUUAUAUCUUAUGGACUUGGUCUGGUCUGUUUACAAGCAGUAUAAAUGCGAGAGGUAUUGUGCGGACUGUCGCCGGCGGCGGAGAUCCCCACAACGGCGGGGUUUCGGACUGUUUCGAGUCGGCGCAAGGGAUGGACGGUAUCGGCAGUGACGCACGGUUCAACUACCCCUGGGCAAUCGAAUGGGACCCCACGGAAAACAUGAUUUACGUAGGAGAUUGUAGUUGUCCUGAGUCCCCACAUUCUAACGACAGAAUCCGCAGAAUAAACCCCAACACAGGUGAAGUUACUACUUUCGCGGGAGGCAUGCUGGGAUUUAAGGAUGGUGUCGGCAAAGAGGCGCAAUUUAGCCACCUGGCAGGUAUGGCUAUUGAUACUCGAAAACGCGUCAUGUAUCUUGCGGAUGUGGGUAAUAGCAGAAUUCGCAAGGUUGACAUGGCAACAGCGGAAGUGACGACGUUUGCUGGUAAUGGGUCAGAGGGUCUUGUGGACGGUGAAAGAACGCGAGCUCAGUUUAAGGGGCCCCAGUCCUUGUCGCUGGAUGAUGAAGGUGACCGGCUUUUUGUCGGAGACACGGAUAACCAUGCUAUCAGAGUCAUCUCUCUAAAAGAUGGCUCUGUACAGACGCUGGUUGGUGGAUCUCUGGGAUUUAAGGAUGGUGUUGGUUUGAAUAGCAAGUUUUACCACCCAACGGGAAUAGCGUAUGACAAGGAAAACGAUAUACUAUACGUGUCGGAUCAUUACAACCACGUGAUCAGAGCAGUUAAAGUAUCAGAACGCGUGGUUACUACGCUUGCAGGGACCGGGAGAGAAGGACUAAAGGACGGGCAAGGUGACCAGGCCGCAUUCAAUUACCCAGAAGGCCUUGAGUACGACUCGGACCAUCGUGUGCUAUAUUUGGCGGAGUUUGCUAAUCACGCUGUUAGAAUGAUCACAACGCAAGGUCACGUUACUACACUAGCCGGUGGAAGGGCCAGCGGUAGACAAGAUGGCGUGGGCUCAGACGCAAAGUUCUUUCAUCCGACUCGUCUCACUUUCGACCAUAAGAGGAAAGUUAUCUACGUCACCGAUCAGUAUAAUCAUAUGAUCAGGAGCAUAUCUGGACUUGGAAACAAAGACUGGCCGGCGAGAGUGCAAGAAUUGCGAGCCAACUUUUCCGAGAAUGCGUUGUUGGUGUUUGUAUUUUGUGCCGUUGUGCUGGCCCUCAUUGUGUUGUCAAGGCCCUAUUGGCGGCGAAGACUGCGGACUAGGAUGGUGUGAUUAUCGUCCUCAUUGUCAUCAUCGCAAUCAACAUGAUCGUCAUCGUCAUCAUAUUGAUGCCUGCCUUUCUGUAGGGAAGGGUACGGACCCAUGAUCGUAUUAACCUACUGUAUGUAAUCAUCAUCAUCACCAACAUCAUCAUCACGAUCAUAAUGGUGAUAAUAUUGAUCUCAAGAGACCUUACUGGUUGCUGACAUACUGACCCGGGGGGGGGGGGGGGGGGGUGAGGGGGGGUUCUUCCCAUGACGACCUGAUAGGGAUGCUCGUCGUAUUUUUAGGAGUCACAAUCGGGCCUCAGGUAUUUUUUUAGGAGGUAUCCGAGAAUUGGUAUUUUUCAGGGCCUCUGGGGUAUUUAUUAGGGUAGCAAUUUUUGGUGUACAGGUAUUUUUUAGGGGUAUUUUUCGAAUUUCCCGACGAGCAACCCUAUCACUUUUACCCUGAAGAACCCCCCCCCCCCCCCCCCCCCCCACCCCCGGGGGAUACUAGGGACCUUAAGCAAGGACGACGGCGACGACUAGGACAACGCGAUCGAAAAAGAUGUUUUCGCGCGUGGUGAUCAAUAAUAAUUUAAUUGCAAUGGAAUAAGCAAAACAUUAUAGUCAGAGAGAGAUAAAAAUAAACUAAAAACAUUAUUUCUACAGCGGCGAACGUAAUUAUUGGAGUUUACAGUGCAAACGUCAGCGUCCUCAAUUGACCGUGAAACUUGAAGUUUUCACGUCGUGGUUUUACGGAAAACGGCUGAAAUGUAUCAGACAGAACGCAUUCCCACGUGCUGCUAUUGAAUUCUGAAUCAAAUUCCAUUGUUUUCUGCCGUCGGCGUCCGCGUUGCCGUUGGUAUCGACACGAACGCAAAAAAGAGAAGAUUAUUCUUAUAUUGUGUUAAAUCAGGGAGUUGUGGUUAAAUAAAUACUCAUAAAAUGCAAAA